GCUUUCAGUGGAACAGAUUGGAGGUUAUUUUAUUUUCGCAAUGCUCCAGAACAGUGCGGUGUCCAUGGCUAUAGGUAACCAGGGUAUUAAUAGCAAACUGAUUCAUAAGAUCUUUGGCUGCUACAUUCUGGACCUAUUACAGCUGUAAAACCAACCACUUUGUGUCAUAUAUCAACAGCAUGGUCAUGGUGACACUACUAACAGUUUUGCUGAUGGCGUCAAUAAAAGUCCAACAGAGAAGAUUCUGGAGGUCAUUGUUAUCUGGAGUUUGUGUACUCAUACUCUUGGUCUCUCUGAUCAUCUAUGAAAAGUCAAAGAUGAAUUACAAAUCACUGAUGUUCAGAGAUGAUGAAACUCCAGAGGACGAGUGUGACUGCAAGAAAAUUUUACAAGGAGACAUUGAUGAGAUUAAACGUGCUAAGAUUCUGACCAUCACAAAGAGCUUUAAGAACAUAACACGGAUUACUGAUGAACAAUAUGUCAAGCAGACGAAAGACUGUGAAAAGUUCCUGAGGACUCGGAAAUACCUCCUGUCCCCACUGAGUGAGGAGGAAGAGGCAUUCCCAGUGGCAUAUUCCAUUGUCAUUCACCACAAGGUACAGAAUUUUGAGAGGCUCCUUAGGUCCAUAUACAGCCCUCAGAAUUUUUACUGCAUCCAUGUGGACAAAAAAGCCCCCGAGUCCACUAUGAGGGCGAUUAAUGCCAUUGUCUCUUGCAUUGAUAACGUUUUCUUGGCUAGCCAGUUUGAACAGGUGGUCUACGCCAGCUGGAGUCGUGUCCAGGCUGACAUCAAUUGCAUGAAGGAUCUUUACCAGGUUAGCAACCGUUGGAAGUACUUCAUCAACCUGUGUGGGCAGGAUUUCCCCAUCAAAACCAACCUGGAGAUAGUACAUGCCCUUAAAGCACUAGCUGGUGGUAACAGCCUGAAGACUGUGAUCACACCCCAGAAUAAGGUGCAUAGAUGGAAAAAAAGAUACCAAGUGAUAAAUGGCAGAAUUCGGAGAACCAACCAAAAUAAAAAACCGCCACCCUUUGGCAUGAAGAUAUUCACAGGUGGUGCAUACAUAGUGGUGAGUCGUGAUUUUGUGCGUUAUGUGCUUGAGGACCCCAAAGCCCAGGUGUUGAUGUCAUGGUUAAAUGAUACAUACAGCCCUGAUGAAUUUAUUUGGGCUACAAUGCAACGCAUUCCUGGUGUCCCAGGGUUUCUUCGUGCACACUCUAAAUUUGACAUCACGGACACUUACAGCAUCUCCCGGCUAAUCAAAUGGGCAGGACAUGAGGGGAACAUCAAUGCAGUGUACCCUGCCUGUCAGGGUAUUCAUGUUCGGAGUGUUUGUGUAUAUGGGGUGGGGGACCUGCAGUGGAUAACAGAGCAGCAUCAUUUAUUUGCUAAUAAAUUUGACACAGAUUUUGACCCAAUCACCAUUCGAUGCUUGGAGAAGUACCUCAGAAACAAAGCGCUAAAACAGUAUCAUUAAAUUCAUACAUGUAUACUAUAUGGACAAAAAUUUGUGGACACCUGAAUAUCAUACCCCUAUGUACUUGUUGAACAUCUCAUUCCAAAAACAUUGGGAUUAAUAUGGAGUUGGUCCAACUUUGCUUCUAUAAGAACCUAAACUCUUCUUGGGAGCCUUUCCACUAAAUUUUGGAAUGUGGCUGUGGGGAUUUGUGCCCAUUCAGCCAAAAGAGCAUUAGUGAGGUCAGGAAGUAAUGUUGGGUGAGGAGGCCUGGAGUGAAGUCAACAUUCAGAUUCAUCCCAAAGGUGUUCAGUGGGGUUGGAACAGGUGUCAUUCUGGAACAGGUUUCAGCUUCUUGGAUUUAGUGAAGGAAAAAGAAGGGAAAAAUAUUGUGUGCAUCAAACUUUGUGAAGCCACUUUGGGGAAGGUCCAUGUAUCCAUGUAUGGAUGUGAUGGUCUGGUGUGUAUAUCCUGUAUUCACAACUGUAUAUACAACUGCUGUCUCAUGUAUACUCUGUUUUUGUUCCUUUGCUGCUGCUGUUCUUGUUGGGUUUGUUUGUUUUCCUGCUUGUACAUGUUAAUUAGGAUGCAGUGCUGCAGCACAGCAACCUAUGGGCUCCCCUAGGGGAGCCCAUAGGUUGCAGUGCAAAGCACUGCAACUAUUGUUCUUCUACGUGUUUCUUCUUCUUCCUCCUACGCAAAUUUCGAUUUCGAAUAACUCAAUAA